AUGCGCGAUCAUUUGCGGUCCGUCGAAUAUAGUGGUAAAACCAAUGUUCUCAUAAGUUUGCUCGAGAGUCCAAACGGCGUACGUUUCGAGAAUGUGUACGCCUACUCGAAUGUGUACGUCUACUCGAAAUCGCUGCAACAGCCAAACGAUGUCGUUCCACCAAGCGAGGCGCGCCCAAACUCUAUUUUUAUCUUUGAUGACGUAGCAUGCGACAAGCAGGAUGGGAAUCAAGAAGAAAGAGGAGGGAGAGAAAGCGAGCGAGUCGUGCGUUCCGCGACCCCGCGUAAAUCCGAUGAUCGAUCGCAUGAUCGUGUACAGCCAAUAAUCUCCACUUCGUACGACGAUCAUACGAUAGAAUCGUUGAAGGACGUUUUCGGAAGGACAGACGAUUCGCUAGCAACGAAGGUUCAAAAUCGGUUGCAAACGUCGGAAGAUCGAGAGACGUUGCAAGCCGGCUUGGGCCCGCUGGGUCAAAAGUACGUCGGGGCUGUCCUGAGGGGAACGCGAGAUAAACAGAAGAACGGUAUAGAUUAUGUGUACGGCGUUUACCUACACAAGGAUGGAUUGAUGUUUGGCAAUAAACGUUUCGACGUGGAUGAUACGGACAACAUAAUUAUCGAUGGUGUGCAAUACGCUGAUACACCUGGUCUUUACGAGUUAAUUUUCAAGAGAAUUCCCGACGAUCUUCUCUACACGGAAAACGAUAUGAACAAGUAAAAGAGCAUGCUGCUGGCGACGAACGCGCACAAACACAAGCAUCAAUCGCAAGGCCAAUUAUUGAGCAAUAGGGGAUACAAAUACGUAAUCGCGUUGAUGUCGAUCACAUCCAAGAAACAGAAGAAGAAAUCCUGAAAGGGAUUACUUCAUUCAAUGAUAUUGAACAACAAUGCCAUCGAUUACGUGCAUUGGGACGAUCCCAACGAGCUGGUGGAUUAUCUACGAUUGCUUGACGCUUCGCACCAAGCGAGCAACAACGCUAACGACAACGAGAUGCUGUUGAUCAUCGAGGAACUUUGCGAAGCCGUUCUUAUUAUAAAUUAAAUCGCGUAUAGAUGAAACGAGUUAGUCGAGUGUCAGCGAGAAAAAAAUAUUUUUGCUCUGUGUUUGCGCUGAUAACACUGUU